AUGGGCACUAAAACGGAUAUGCAUGUCCGAAUUAAGUUGGAGGCGCCCAACGUGCGGCUCGACCCCAAAACAUCCGCCUCGUCCCCUACCUGCGUCCCGCGCCGCUCCGUGCCCACCCGCGCCGCUCCGAGCCUACCGGCGCCACGUCGGGCGCUCGCCUGCGCCCGCCCUGCCCACGCGCGCGUCUACGCCCCCGCCCACGGCGGACGCGCUCCGGUUCCCACGCGCUCCGGUUCCCACGCGCUCGCGCCGCCGCCCUCUCGGUCUCCGGCCGCCGUUCAGCCGCCCGCAGAGGGCGGCGAUGGCAGGUUGUCGGCGGACGUGUCCGCCGUCGAGCCUGCCGGGAGGCGAACACGGUCCAAAUCCAACCCGCGCCUACCUCCUCCACCGACGGCGCAGAAGAAGGUUUCCUGGGCGACACCAGUAGCUGAUACAAGCAAAGAAGGCAGUAAGCAAAGAGCAGUUCCGAACGCCAAGAUGAGGACAAGGACGCAACCACCCAGGAGAGGAGAAGGAGCCGCAGGCGAGGCAAGCAAUGCGUCGGUGAUCCCUCCUGGAAAUUUUGAUCUAGAAAGGCAACCUCGCAUGCAACCUACUCAUUCCGAGCAACAGCCAGAUGGUACAAGGGGUCAGCGGUAUCCGAACAAAGGCGAGGUGCAAAAGGAAGCUCAAAGGAGAAGCAAGAGACAAGAACCGAGUGGAAGGGAAAACCUGAGCAGAGCACUUGUUCCUGCACCGGUGAGAAAAAGCACGAGAAGAAAGUCAAGGCCUUUGCAGUGGUGGCUUGGUGAAAGGUUUCUGUAUAACAAUUGGCUACCCGGCGCAAUAGGCAUUAAAUCAUAUUCUCACGGUGAAGAUGGCAAGGUUGCACUGAGAGUGGAAUCCUUCCUGCCCAAAAAAUAUUCAGAUCUUGUAGCGAAAGUCGGGAUGUACUGAGGUUCUUGGAUAUGUUUCUGUCGUGACGCUUAUAUCUAUCCUUUUGUGGCAUUUGCGAUCUUUAUCUUAGCCACGCAACAACUUCUGAGAUUGAUGAUGCCAUCUAUAUUUGAACUUGUAUCCUGUAUUUUCAGAACUUAUCGGGCACAGUUGUGCAUGUGG